ACAUACCAUCAAUUCUUAUUAUCAUCUACUAAAACUUUUACCAAAAACUUUGUCAAACAACCCCUUAAUUUAAUUAUUAAUCAUGUUUCACUGUAAAUGUUAUAGAUUCUCAUCACUCAUCUCUUAUGCUGGUCUUAACUAAAUUUGCUCAGCAUCUGCAUCUUAUGUUUCUUGUUCUAUUCCAGUGAAGAUGUGCGGUAUUGGUAUGAGCUGACUCAUUAGGAUAUUCACAAUAAUGGAUGAAAAAUCCUUCAUCUUUAUAGCCUCUUAAAUUAUUAAUCUGAUUACCUAUGAGAAAAUGCCAUCGAGAGGUUUUGGAAGGAUGCGAAAGAUUUUGAAUUGAAUAGAUUUAACAAGAAAUGAAGCAGAAGUAUGAGGGUUCUGACUUUCUGUCAAAUUCAUUAUUCUUUUGGUAUAAUUUUACCACAACAAUAUUGAAUGUAUGAACUUUAAUUUAGAAUAUCUGCUUUUUCUAUUUGGAUCCUUCUUGAUGACACUGUCAUUUCCCUCCUCAAUUGCCCAUUCCUUGAACACUAUAUUUAGUCUACUGCACUGUUCUUUUCCUCCCUUUUUUUUUAUUUUAUUUUUUUACCAGCUAUAUGGUUUGGUGAAACUGAUGUUGGGUAAUCAGAUUUUACUAUGCUUGUGGUUUCUAUUGCAGCAAAAGCUCUGCAGUAUCUGCAUAAGCUCGGAAUUGUACAUAGGGAUCUGAAGCCGGCAAAUAUUCUUCUUGACAAACAUCUGCGUCCACAUCUGGCAGACUUUGGUUUGGCCGAAUACAAGAUAGAUCUUAAACAAGUUUCUACUGAAAAUUGGAAAUCAUCUGGCAAGCCAACUGGUGGUUUCCAUAAAAAGAAUAUGGUUGGGACGCUGAUUUACAUGGCACCAGAAGUAUUGAGGAAAGAGAUACAUACUGAGAAGUCCGAUGUCUACAGUUUUGGAAUAUCUGCCAACGAGCUUCUCACUGGUGUAGUCCCAUAUACUGAUCUUCGAGCUGAGGCACAGGCCCAUACAGUCUUGGAAAUGAACUACACCGAACAGCAACUUACAGCAGCUGUGGUGUCUGAAGGACUACGACCUGUUCUUGCUGGUCUGGAGUCUGGUGCUUCCGCCAGUUUACUAUCUCUAAUUCAGAGAUGCUGGGAUGCGGAUCCUGAAAAUAGACCUUCUUUUGCUGAUAUAGUUGUGGAACUUGCUCUAAUAUUGGAAAGUGAAGAUCGAGUAAAGGAAGGGGAAGCUGGCUUUUCUGAAUCUCUUGUAUCUCAUGAAAAUUUGGAUAUAGCUAAUAUGCAAAGUUAUCAAGAGAGUAUUAACUGGUUUACCCAUGGUAAAGAUUUUUCGGAAAGGACUUCUCUACCCUCUAAUGCAGCAAGCACCUGGAUUGAUUCACCAAAUGAUCCUUCUUCAUACCAUCCAGUGCUAUCUUGGGGUUCCUUCUCUACUUGCGGGAGAAGGGAAACCAUGGAGGACACACACUUUCUGAUACCCCAAAUGUGCAAUCAAAAGAAUAUCCAUUUAUUUGGAAUAUUUGACGGUCAUCGAGGUGCAGCUGCUGCUGAGUUUUGUGCCGGGGCUCUACCUGGGUUUUUGCAAAAUUUGGGUUCCUUGAUCAGUCCCUCUCAUGCGCUGCUUGAAGCAUUUGUUAAGACUGAUUUAGCAUUUAGGAAUGAACUAGAUUCUCUCCGUAAAUCCAAAGGUGUUAUUCAGAAAGACUGGCACCCUGGUUGUACUGCAAUCACUGCUCUUAUAGUAGAAAACAAAUUAUUUGUUGCUAAUGCUGGAGAUUGCAGAACAAUUCUGUGCCGAGCAGGACAUCCCUAUGCAUUAAGUAGGGAUCAUGUGGCAAGUUGUCUUGAGGAGAGAGAACGGGUUAUUGAUGCAGGUUGCCAAGUCAAAUGGCAAGUUGACACGUGGAGGGUUGGUCAUGCUGCUCUCCAGGUUACGCGCUCUAUUGGUGAUGAUGAUUUAAAGCCUGCUGUAACUGCAGAACCCGAGAUAACUGAGACCAUACUAUCGGCCGAAGAUGAAUACCUAGUAAUGGCCAGUGACGGCCUUUGGGAUGUUAUGAAGAAUUCAGAUGUUGUAAACAUAAUAAGAGACACUGUGAAAGAGCCAGGAAUGUGCUCAAAGAGAUUGGCAACUGAAGCCGUUGAAAGAGGUAGCAAUGAUAAUAUCACUGUUAUCGUGGUUUUCUUGUGUUCGGUAUCUACAGCUGAGAGGAUUUACUAGAUUCUGAGUACAACUCGCCCGAUGCAAAUUCUCAUAUUAGGAAAUGGAAACAUGGCGAUUCUUUGUAGAAUUAUUGGUACACAUACGUAAAUGUAUUCAUUAUUUUGUCAUUGAUUUGGUGCAUUGUGAUAUGAUUUGAAGCAUUAAUUUGUUCAUUAUGGUGUCUUAGUUGGAUUCAAAUUGUUGGUUGGCUGUAUGAUUCUUUUUUGGUGACUAUUCAAUUUAUUGUA